GCGUGGCUAGCAAUACAAUCUGUCAGUGGUGGGGGGGGGCAUGAUGAAAAUGCAGUGGUUAAUCAGGAAAUGACUAUAAUAGCUACGAGAUGAUCAGGAAACGGCUGCUUGGUUUUACACAUUAGCAGAGGUUGCACUAACCUGAAGAAAGCAAUCGCAGGUAGCAGCAUGUCACGAAGCAGGAGAACGACUUCUGGAUAUUCCUGUAACAAUUUUCAGGCAUCUGUUGACCCCGAACCUGGAGAUUUAAUUGAGAUAUUCAGAGGUGCUUAUGCACACUGGGCCAUCUAUGUUGGGGAUGGAUAUGUCAUCCACUUAACUUCAGAUGGACCACCUGAUUCAGCAUCAGUGAUUGCAUCCUCCAGCUCAGCAGGCUAUGGUGUGGUUAAAAAAGAGCGCCUCAUUGAUGUUGCUGGAUGGAAUCGCUACAAAGUCAACAACGAGUCUGAUGCCAAAUGGAAUCCUUUACCUGUUAAGGAGAUAUUAAAAAAUGCUGAAGCUCAGGUUGGGAAGAGAAGGAAUUACAGUGUAACAACAGCAAAUUGUGAACACUUUGUCAAUGAGCUUCGGUACGGAAAAUCUGUAUCAUAUCAGGUCCAUCAUUUUGGUGUACUUGGUAUUCCUGCAGUGGCUGCUGCUGCUGUUGUUGGUGGUGCUGCUGUUGUUGGUGCUGUUGCUGUUUGUUCACCUGCUGCUGCUGGUGUUGCUGUUGUUGGACUUAUUGGAUAUGGUAUUAGAGCUCUACGUUUUUGAUUUGCAACAUCUUGAUCAUUUCAAGGGUGAUUAAUACAUCACGACGUGUUGAAUAA